GUCUUCUCACGGAGUUUGAUAGACGCGGUUGGCAUUGUGAUAAAAAUACAUUUAAAAGCGCUUAAAUUGGCAGUGGGGAGUUGAACCGGUCCCUUGUCGCUACGUGGCCAUUCAGACUUGUUUUAUUCUGAUUUGCGCGGUUAAAAUAGCGGUACACACAUCGUACACUCACUUUGGCUACGAAUCAGUCGGUAGAAACACAUACGUCCAAAUUCAACUUACUUUUUUAAUACUGGAAAACUCUGGCCGAAAAUUUCUUUUUAGAAUAAAGAUUAAAAAAAUAAAAUUUGACAGAGUAAAUUUGACGUGUUUGGCGGUGUUUCCAAAUUUUUGUAUGUUAUUUAUGUAUAAAUUAUUUGUAUUAUUAACUAUUUAUUUAUUGUUCAGUAAAGUGAAUUUGUAAAUAAAAAUGGCGUGCACUGUGUGUUUGUCGGAUUCGAAGCCUAUUAAAUAUAGGAAAGAACGCGACACGUUCGGCGAAUUGGACGUGCCGGACGACAAGCUGUACGGCGCGCAGACCGUCAGGUCCGUCAUGAACUUCCCCAUCGGCGGUGUGGAGGAGCGAAUGCCUUUUCCAAUUAUUGUCGCUUUCGGCAUUUUGAAGAAGGCCGCCGCUAAAGUUAACAUCGAGUUUGGUCUCGAGAAGAAAAUCGCGGAAGCCAUAAUCCAAGCGUGUGAGGAUGUGAUAUCUGGCAAACUGUACCGCGAGGGUCACUUCCCGCUGGUCAUCUGGCAGACUGGGUCUGGAACCCAGUCCAAUAUGAACACUAAUGAGGUGAUUUCAAACCGUGCCAUUCAAAUCCUGGGCGGCAAGCUCGGCAGCAAGGACCCCGUCCAUCCCAACGAUCACGUGAACAAAUCGCAGAGCUCCAACGACACGUACCCCACAGCCAUGCAUAUAGCUGUGGCCAUGGAGCUCCGGGACCGGCUUAUGCCGGGUCUGGUAGCUCUGAGGGACACAUUGAAGAGGAAGUCUGAGGAGUUUGACUCGAUCAUCAAGAUUGGCAGGACCCAUCUGAUGGACGCGGUGCCGUUGACCCUCGGACAGGAGUUCAGCGGUUACGUGACCCAGCUGGAGUACAGCAUCCAGCGCGUGUGCGCCGUGCUGCCGCGGCUGCACUACCUGGCGCUGGGGGGCACGGCCGUGGGCACCGGACUUAACACCAGGAUUGGGUUCGCGGAGAAGUGUGCCGCCGAGAUUGCCAAGCUCACUGGCAUCCCGUUCGAGACGGCGCCGAACAAGUUCGAGGCCCUCGCGUGCCACGACUCCAUGGUGGAGGUGUCCGGAGCUCUGAACACUAUCGCCGUCUCGCUCAUGAAGAUCGCCAACGACGUCCGCCUGCUGGCGUCCGGGCCUCGCUGCGGCCUCGCGGAGUUGCUACUGCCCGAGAAUGAGCCCGGCUCUUCUAUUAUGCCUGGCAAAGUGAACCCAACGCAAUGUGAAGCUCUAACGAUGGUGGCGGCGCAAGUGAUGGGUAACCACGUGGCGUGCACUAUCGGAGGCAGCAACGGACAUUUCGAGCUCAACGUCUUCAAGCCCAUGAUCGUCGCUAACGUCCUCCGGUCCAUUACACUACUUGGCGACGGCUGCCAGGCGUUCAACAAGAACUGCGCGGUGGGCAUCCAGGCCAACACCGCGCAGAUCGAAAAGAUUAUGAAUGAGUCCCUCAUGCUGGUCACCGCUCUCAACCCCCACAUCGGAUAUGAUAAGGCGGCGCUGAUCGCCAAGACGGCGCACAAGGAGGGCGGGAACCUGAAGGACACGGCCGUGAGGCUCGGCGCGCUCACGCCGGACCAGUUCGACCAGUGGGUGCGCCCCGAGAACAUGCUGGGGCCCAAGUAGGGCUCCGCGACCCCACCGCCCGCCCGCACCGGAGAAUAGUGGAGUUAGUGCAGUGUUGUGAAACGUGAAAAGUUAUGUGAAUAAUGGUGGUUUAGUGGCAAAAAAGUGUACAAACGUAACUAAAAAUUUGUUAGCUCCGGCCCCAUUGCUCCGUGUAAUGUCCGUCGACGGACGCACAAUAAGUGUUUAAACGAAGCUAAGUUUCACUUGGCUUCAGCUCAUGCUUGUUUUGAUGUACGUCGACUGGCGUGGAUAUUUGUUUUGAGUUUACGCACGUCGAUGUCAAGAGCUAUGAACAACGGAACGGCAACGUGUCGUCGCAACGUAUGACACUUAUGGCACUGUUUUAUUAACGAAUAGUUUCUGUAAUUUUUAUAGACUGCAGUGUUCACUUAUAAUAGGUUACAAACCCAUUUGCUUACUAUGCAGUAUAACCAAAAGAAAAAAAUGAAGGCACAAAGCUUGUUUUUAUUCUUUACCUUUUUUGCCAUUCAUAUCAUGUGAAGUUUUAGAAGUGACUUUGUGGUUUUCAAGUUAAUUCACGAAUAAUAAUUGUACAAUUGUAUGGAAAUAGACAUGCCAUAAAACUCAUGUAUGAUAUCUACAUAGACAAACUUUGCUUAAUAACAAACCAGAGACACCUAAUUUCUACUAUUCUUCAAUGAACUAUAAUAUGAAGCUCUUUGGGGAAGUGUGACGUCACAUAUUCCGUAAAAUAUAAGCAGAAUUUUGAUAUUUAUAUUAUUUCUAAAUAUAAAACUAAGCAUAUUUGCAUUUAUGAAAAAAGUUUAUGUACUGUAAUACUGUCGUUUUUUUUUUUAUUUUUCCAUGACCAGAGCAAGUUCUUUGUUAUUGACAUGAUGUAUAUUUAUAAAAUCCAAGAACCGUUCUUUGAUAAUACUUUAUCGUUUUAUACGUAAAACGCUUUUAUUGUGAGAUUUAUCCAGUAUUACAUAUUUAUUGAAAUCAUCAAUCUGAUACAUAUUUUUAAAUGACCAUGCUUUUUAAAUAUACUGCCACUGUAAUUAUUCAUCAUGUUAUAAUAUUGGGAUAGAAUAUUUUUAAGAUUAAAAAUUAUGUUUACCUAAUAGUUUUGGGACUCCACUGAUUUAUCCUGUACAUGUUUUAAGUUUUAGAGAAAACUUGUUUCGUUGUUCAAUUUGUAUUUGUUUACGUAAGUUGAAUAAAUAUUUAUUAUUGAAA